AUGAGGCCCACCAAAAGCUGGGCCCCCCUGGCAGCAACCGUACUCGCUACGGCACUGCUCUUGCAACCUAUCUACGCUGAGGCACCAGUCUCAGGUAGCUACUUACCACCAUCAACAAGCUAUGGGACACCGAACUUAGGAGGCGGAGGACCAUCCUCCACCUAUGGUGCACCAUCAGGUGGCGGCGGCGGCGGUGGUGGUGGUGGUGGUGGUGGUCGUCCAUCCUCGACCUACGGGGCACCAUCCAGCACCUAUGGAGCACCGUCUAGUACCUAUGGCGCUCCAUCCGGCGGAAGACCAUCCAGUACCUACGGAGCACCUUCCAACGGCGGUGGCAGACCUUCGAGCACUUACGGUGCACCAUCCGGUGGUGGGGGAAGACCCUCUAGCACUUACGGCGCCCCUUCAUCCGGAGGUGGCGGUGGCUUCGGUAACGGACUCUCGUCGACCUAUGGUGCACCAUCUCGCGGAGGUGGCUCGAUCUCCUCGAGCUAUGGGGCACCUGGCGCUGGCGGUGGUGGCAUAUCCAGCAGCUACGGAGCUCCUGGCGGAGGCGGUGGCGGAUUCUCGAGACCAUCUUCGACUUACGGCACACCUGGCACCGGUGGUGGCAGUUUCGGCGGAUCUGGUGGAUAUUCUGGAGGCGGAGGUGGAUACUCUGGAGGCGGUGGUGGCUACUCUGGAGGAGGCAAUGGUGGCUACUCGGGCGGCGGUGGUGGCUAUUCAGGGGGUGGUGGUGGCUACUCCGGAGGCGGAAAUGGAGGCUACUCAGGCGGCGGUGGCUAUUCCGGUGGAGGUGGCGGCUAUUCCGGUGGUGGUAGCGGCGGCUACUCCGGCGGCGGCGGCGGUGGCUACUCCGGAGGCGGUGGUGGCUACUCUGGAGGCGGCGGAGGUGGUUACUCUGGAGGUGGCGGAGGCGGCUACUCUGGAGGAGGCGGAGGUGGUUACUCUGGAGGAGGUGGCGGCAGCUACUCCGGAGGAGGAGGUGGCCAGAGCUAUGCUAGCAACGGAGGUUACCAAUAUUAA